AUGAGCGGCGAGACUAGGGUUUUGGCGAGAAACUACACUAGGGCUUUGAAUUCGGAGGAUCAAGAUGCAACCAUGAUGGAUGUGGGGGAGAGAUUGAGACCACCAGGAGACCCGCCCGAUAGGGUGACCACAUGGGCAGCAAAGGUGGCAGGUACGACGGCAGGAGGUAUGCCGGUUCCAGAGGCUUUGAUUGAUGAUGUGUUUGUGUCGAGAAGGCUCAGAGUAGAUUUUCCUAAUGGAGAAGAUGGAGAACCAUCGAUCACGAUUGAGAACGAGGUACUUGAAGCAAUGAACGGGAUGUGGAAGCAGUGUAUGAGUGUUAGGGUUUUGGGAAGGAAUGUUCCGAUCUCUGCCUUGAGUAGGAAGCUAAGGGAAUUAUGGAGUCCGAAGGGAUCGAUGUAUGUGAUGGACCUACGUCGACAGUUCUUCAUGGUCCGUUUUGAGAAGGAGGAUGAAUAUCUGGAGGCGUUAACAGGAGGACCAUGGAUGGCUUUCGGAAGUUAUCUCAUGGUGAGAGCCUGGUCACCGGAGUUUGAUCCGCUAAGAGAUGAUAUCGUUACAACACCGGUCUGGAUCAGAUUAACAAAUAUCCCAGUGAAAUUUUAUCACCGAUCGAUCCUUAUGGGAAUUGCUAAGGGGUUGGGCAGGCCGAUCCGUGUGGAUCAAACUACAUUGAACUUCGAAAGGGCUCGUUUUGCGAGAAUUUACGUGGAGGUGAAUCUAGCAAAACCUUUGAAAGGAACGGUGUUGAUUAAUGGAUGGCUUUCGGAAGUUAUCUCAUGGUGA